UAGCCCUGCCCCUAGUCUCUAUGGUAGCGCCUGUGUCGCGAGCGGCGGUGGCGGCGGCCGUUGCGGACGAGGGAGGCUUCCAACUUACGCCGUGUCCUGCUCCGUGAGGUCGUGGGCUUUGCAGGGCAGCCAUGUCAGAGAAAAAGCAGCCGGUAGAUCUGGGGCUCCUAGAGGAGGACGACGAGUUCGAGGAGUUCCCAGCCGAAGACUGGGCUGGUUUGGAUGAAGAUGAAGAUGCCCAUGUCUGGGAAGAUAACUGGGAUGAUGACAAUGUAGAGGAUGACUUCUCCAAUCAGUUAAGUUCCAGUAUUUUCAGUAUCCCAAAAGAAAAUACUGUGCUCAUUAAGCAGCGACUACUGUAUGCAGAGCUGAACUAGAGAAACAUGGUUACAAGAUGGAGACGUCAUAGCAUCCAGAAGAAGUGUUGGAAUACCCUCAAUUUGAACUGUGUACUAAAUUCUAGGACAAAGAGCCCAGGAUAGAGUUAAAAAUAUGUUUAUUUCAUUAUUUGCUUGGAUUUUUUUGUAACAAAAAAAUAAAUGUUUUGGUUUAAUCCUG